UGAGGCCUGACGCCGCCACUGCUUAUGUUACCUACUUGACCUAGAGUAUUUAUCUUUGACAACAAUUGCGUUAUUUUAUUAUUUUCCUAACUAUUUUCAUAGUGCCAAUAAUAUGAUAACAAACUUUCGUUGGUAUACGGAUGCAACUACCUGAAAAGUACAAAGCGAAAUCAGUUCAUUUUAAAAGAAAAUACGUCAUCAAAUUUUGAUUAGUGUCAGAAUAAGAUAUUAGUGUUAGAUUAAGAUUAGAUUAGAUUAGGGUUAGAGUUGCAUGGAGUUAGGAUUUGUGUUUCCCCUAGAUAGAUGAUUAUCAUCUAUUUGUGCACUUUGACAAAUUAUGCUAUUCAUCUAUUUAUCCCGGAGACUGUGGUGUCUCUGACGACUUCGCCAUUAUUUGACAACGACUUAUUAUACAUUAGAAAGCCCCAUUUAUUUGACUGAGACUUAGAAAUACAUUAGAAAUUAUAUUAUACUAUUAUUAUGCAUUAUUCAGGCCGUGUUCGCCUUGGUGAAAUUGUCAGAGGUUAUUAUUUGUAUGAAGGUCUGGUAUGCAUAACUGGUUUUCCUCAAGACAGAGAGCUGCGGGAAGAAACGUGCGUCGUUGUUGAGGCUGACUCGAAGGAAAGAUUGAGACGACGUCAACGUCUAAUGAAUGGUGGAAUACACAUGGCAAAGAUUGAUGGCUUCUUCAAAGAAUACCCACCGCGUCUCGCGUACGACACCAGCCUUUAUCGUGGAUCCAGUGGUUCACCUGGAUUUGACAUGAAUGGAAAAAUUGUAGUUUUACACGUGCAAGGCUACGACCUUGAUAUCGAAGGAAAAAAAAUACUCGUUGAUGGAGUUUGGGGUCAACUUCGGCGCGAUAUGUGCUGAUUUAGAAAUUCGUUUUGAAAAUGCCAACCGUUUCUUCCCAAACUGGAAUUUGCAAGACGACGUGGAGCUUAUGGAAGCGGAUGAAAAUGAGCUUUAAAGGUUAACUUAUUGCAUCUAUUUUAUAAAAUCGGUUCGAAGUUCAAAAGAAACAUAGAAAAAUUUUCCCGGCGUUUCUAUACAAUUAUAGAAACACGUAUGUGAGUUUGGACAGAACGAGAAAUAAUCUAUGGGAAAUGACGAACCCGUAUAAGGCGAGAUCUCAUUUCACGUUGUUUCGAGUUUUCACAAACUACCACAAGUGUUUCUAUAACUGUCUGGAAACACAUGGAAAAUGUUUCUAUGUCUUUUAUAAUAUAACUAUAACAGAACCUUAUUUUGAUCAUGGAUAGUUAAAUUAAAUGGAUAGGAAACGGUGGAUCGUAUAAAUGUAAUUCGGGGAUUACUUUUGCAUAAACUAAAGUAGCGAACAUACAAGUGUCUGAAAUUAUCUCAGUUGCAUGCCAUUAUAUAUCAUAAAGUAUGUUUAAAAACUUGUAUUUCAUACUUGAAAUUUGAUUCUUGUCUAUGAUACUGUUACCCGUUCAACUAUUACGCG